AUGCCUCAGCGGGCUUCUAGUGCAAACACGGAGGGGGCUCCGAAGGCUGUUGCCAAAUCAACUGAAGACUCCGAGCUCAUGAGGACGGAUGAUCUUCAGUCCUCUACUGAUGUCUCCAUGGAGCUUCUGGAGAUUGCCCCCACUGAUGAGGGGAGCCCUAGGAACACAAUUGAGGCCGUCCCAAAAGGACAAAAUGCCCAAGAAGUUUCUCCUGGGGUCGUCCCUACAAGGGGUGUUGAAUCUGAGCCAGCGGAGAGGGCUCCUCCUCAAAGGGAGACAGCAAUUGUUUCUCGGGGCGCGACCAAGGAGGUCAGGGGUAAGCGUCCUGCUCCCUCUGACGCUCUUGCCUCUAUUGCUAAGAAAUCCCGAGCAUCUAGACGUACUGCCCCUGCCCUGCCUCCGCUCGAGAAGAAGAAGACCUCGGUGGUGCCCCUGCUUUCUGCUCCCGACAAUGAUAUCCUGAACGCAGAGGACAUCACCCAUCAGUCUCCAGCGACCGUGGUCGCUGAAAUAAUCGGGGAGCGAAUGUUCGGUGGAGUCACACAGGCUUUAGAUCCUCGUUUGUUGGCUCUUUCUGGCCAUCUGGCUAGCUCUACUCAGGAGCAGGUGGCCUUCCGGGCUCAGUCUAGGGAGCAGCUGGGGAAUAUUGCUAGGGAGAUGCUCCUGAUGGUCACUGGCCUAUUCAUGGAGAUAGAUGCCCGAGACCACACUCUCAGGGACUCUGUGAACCGUCGUGUCGAAGAGGCGCGCCUUGAGGAAAAUUUAUCCGCGACCAGUGAUGCCCGGGGCAAUCUUGCCGCUGUCAAGGAGGACUACAGGUCCCUCCAGUUUGACUUGCGCGCGACCUUAGAGGCCCGUAAGCAAGCUGAGGAAGAGGCUGGUAAGGUGCAAAAGCAUGCCCAGUCCCUGGAAGCAGAGUUAUCUUACGGUCAAAAGGUUCUUAAAGAGUCUGAUGAGAGGGCAGCUGCAGCAGAGGUUCGCUGUGAAGAAGUUUUAAAGCAGCUGUCCUCCAUGGCGGAGGCCUUUCGUGAAAGGGAUGAGGCCGUGAGCCAGAGGGAGGAGGUCCAGCAUCAAAAUGAGCAGUUAAAGGCAGAUUUUGAUGCCAUGCUGACUCAAAGGAAUGAAGCUCUAGCUCGGGUUGUGGUUCUGGAGCAGGAGCUGAGCAAGCAAGUUAACAACGUUAAGGACUUGACUUUGGCAGCAGAGAAGUCUCACCUUUAG